AAAUUACCCCAAAAUUAUAUUCCCACUCCAUAAAUUUGAGUUAGAUUAUUGAUUUUGGAUUCCAUAGUCUUCUAAUUUUGAAGUUAAAAUUAUUUUUGUUGGAUUCAUACCUCUAAAACAAAUUAUACAUGCAUGUAUGUUAUUCCGAAUUAUUACCGUACGAAGAAGCAAAUUCAAAUUCUGACUUGCUGACUAGGCAUGAGAGUAAAGAUGUCGACGAAGGAAAAGACAUAAUUUCUGGCAAACAGUGGAGACUGAAAUACCCUCAGUUCAAUUCCCAUGCGCAGGAGAAAUAGGAACACUUGGUUUCUUUUUGGGGGUAAUUUGCAUUACCUCCCUUGUAAAGAUUGAUAAUUUGCAUUACCUUCCCUACAAAAAUAAAAUUAGCAAAACCUCCUCUCGUCAAUAAUCCCGUUCUAUUCCAAGUUAGCUGACUCAACACUAACUUACACGUGGUUUUUGGUAGGGAAGGUAAUGCAAAUUACCAAUCUUUACAGGGGAGGUAACGCAAAUUACCCAAAAAAAAAAUCACGUAUAAAUUAGUGCUGAGUCAGCUAACUUGGAAUAGACGGAAUUAUUGACGAGAGGAGAUUUUGAUAAUUUUAGUUCUAUAGAGAAAAUAAUGUAAAUUACCAAUAUUUACGGGAAGGUAACGCAAAUUAUCCCAUCUUUUUUGGGACAAGACAACUCUUCAUUUCAUUCUCACCUUUUCUACUGACUUAUUUUUCAUUAUUCCAAAAACUUUUCUCUUCAACCAUCAUAUAUAUAAAGCACAUUUCACAAAAAGUCAUUCAAACAAUCAAAAUCCUACACUCCACUGUUAAAAAAUUGCAUAUGCUUUCUAAAAUCCAAAAAUAAAAAGUUUAUGGUUAAAAACAUCCCAUGUUUGGAAUCUAACGGGACCAACUUUAGGAAGAUAUUUCUCAAGUCUCAUUCAACUUUUUCUCGACAUUAUCUUAACUUAUCGUGGUUAAAAACAUAAUCCAGUUCAAUACGUUGAAUACAGUCAUUUAUUGUAUAUAACUUUUUUUUUUACAUUUUUGUUUAGUAAAGAAUAUGUUGUUGACGAAUUUCAAACCACGUCAGUGGACUCAUAGUAAGGGUUAUUCGAAUGUAUUAAGGGUUCCCAUAGUAAUUUGAUUGCUGGCUAUCAAAACAAAACAAAAAAUGAUAUAUUUAGACUAGCUAAAUUGGUCCGAGUCUAGUCAAUUUCCUUUAUCCUAAUUAAGCACAUUAUAACCAGAGCCUAAAGAAUCGCUCUGCUUUGGUUGGACCACAUUUGUCUUCUCCCAUGCAUGCAAACACUGGCCAUCCAGCUUAGUUUCUUCUCCCCCAUUCUCUUCAUCAACUUUUUUUCUCCUUCUGCAACUAGCUAGAUCUCAUAAUUUGAUUGAGAUAUGGGUGUAGAACAAUUUGUAGAAAUUGUAGCAGCAAUAUUUAUACCACCAGUUGGUGUCCUCAUCCGUUAUGGCUGUGAAGAGGAAUUCUGGAUAUGUUUGUUGUUGACGUUACUAGGAUACUUUCCUGGAAUUAUAUAUGCAGUUUAUGUAUUGGUGAAGUAGCAGUUUAUGUUGUUUUUAAUGUUGUUGUAGUGCUACUAAGUUUUUUGACUAGAUCUAUAAAUAUGAAUGUAUUUAUCUUUGAUCAUUACUAGUUACGUACGGUUUAAUCAUUUUGUGAGAUUCCUGGUUUUUUUUCAUGAACAAGAACAAAUCUUAAAAACCUCUAGGAUUGUGGAAUUAGGAAAUGGAAAAGGUUCACAUAUAGUGGGACUGGAGUCUCAUUUUCAGAGAUGUGCAUUGUUUUAUCUCAGGCUGCUGUCGUGGCCGAAAGACCGCAUUCGCAAGUUCAGUCCGGAAAUUCUUUUUCUAAUUCUUUGUAAUUUUCACUUUUUUUUUUGUUUCUAACCGUGGUAGAUCUUAUAUACAAUCUCAUUUUCGUUUAGAAACCUUCUCCCCUGAUCAAAAAAAAAAAAGAAAGAAGUGAUUGCCUUUUUCUAUUCAAACAAAGCUAAAAGAGUAUUUCCGAUCAAAAAAAAACAAACAAAGCCAAAGA